AUGGCUGGGCAAGCUGUAUCGAAAACUCACCAAGAAAGAAAGGCAGAGGCUCAAGCUUUCCUCCUGUGGUGUGGUCAAGAGGAAGGUGAACCACCGCACCGGGAAGAAAGAUGUGUUCUGCACUUAGGAAUUCAUGUGUUGUUGUCUAGCAAACCUGUGCUUGAGCAUUUCAUGUCCUUUGUUUUGGUUCCCAGGCAAGGCGGUCCUCGCUUGCGGCAGACCCAGACAUAUCCGGCCGAAUUUGGGCGGGUGGUGACCCAGCAUCAUAUGACUACUAUGGCGAACCCGUGGAGUGAUCAAGUUCCACGCUCCUGGGAGCAUGCGGGCUUGGAGAUGAUUGCCGAGUUCCUCAAGAAGGAGAUCAGGGCAGGCAAGACAGCUUGGCAAGCCAGCAAGACAAAGCCCGUUAAUCGCCGCCUUUCCUUUGCAGAGACUGAGGUUCCCUUGACUGAGACCCCGCCCCAACGAGCCAACCGGAAGCUUUCAGCUGAGGACCUCAGUGGAGAGAAGCCGACGGCACCGUCUGUGUUGAAGCGGGCACAGACUGUUGAUGGCACAAGUACAAGUGUUCGGAAAGCCGAAGCUCUGCAGAGGCAGAAGGAGCUCGAAGAAGAGUUAGAAGAACAGCGGUCGCGACAGGCAGCAGAGGUCGAAGCUUUGAAAGCCACGGAGACUGAGAGCGCCACGAAAGCGGCAAAAGGCAAAUCUUACAUGAGCACGCUCUACGAGGAUUUCGUUGCAACCGGAGGAAAUUGGAAGAACAGUGUGAUUAUGAAGUCGAUACGUUCCAAGAAAAGCAGUGGAAAAAAAGCAAGCAGAAAGUGGGUGACCCGCCGGCAGAUGCUGCAGUACUUCGACAACGACCAAGCCCUCGUGAACUCGAUCAUCGUCAGGAAGGAGUCCGACCCCGAGCUUCUGAAGGAGGAGUGUCGCGACCACCCGGAAUGCCCAG